UGUCUUUUGAAGCAUCAUCCUCCAAAUUCGAGUCGCGUGCCAUUUGAUGCGCAUGAAAUAGAUUCUGAUUAUUGAAAACGCAAACAUGUUCACCAUAAGGGCUGCUCCCAGUCGGGCAUUGCAAAGGCUUGCUAGGAAUACAACACUGAGAAGUACAAUUGCAUUACGAGUCUCGCACCCGGUCCGCUCACAGCUUGACCGACCGCGCCAUUUUUCUACUUCAUCGCCGCGAUGCUUGGCUGAGCUCACCGAUGCAUUCUCCACGCAAAUCGAAAACACCCCUACGGAGAUCCUGAAGAAGUCUGCGCCAGCAGCGUCAUCACCGCAGACGCUCACAGAGAAGAUUGUCCAGCGCUACUCUCAAGGAUUGCCAGAUGGCAAGUUCGUCAAGUCUGGAGAUUACGUUACGCUCGCUCCGCAGCAAUGUAUGACGCACGACAAUUCGUGGCCUGUCGCUACCAAAUUCAUGAGCAUCGGCGCCAGCAAAAUCCACAACCCAAAGCAGAUUGUCAUGACUCUGGAUCACGAUGUCCAGAAUAAGACGGAGAAGAACUUGAAGAAAUACCAACAGAUUGAGGAGUUUGCGAAGCAGCAAGGAGUGGACUUUUACCCAGCAGGGCGAGGCAUUGGACAUCAGAUCAUGGUUGAAGAAGGCUAUGCGUGGCCCGGAACAAUGGCGGUAGCCAGUGACAGUCACUCCAACAUGUAUGGCGGUGUUGCCUGUCUCGGAACUCCUGUUGUGCGCACUGAUGCUGCAAGCAUCUGGGCCACAGGCCGUACAUGGUGGCAGAUUCCUCCGAUUGCCAAAGUUACCUUCCAGGGCACGCUCCCUCAGGGUGUGACCGGUAAGGACGUGAUUGUAGCCCUCUGUGGUUUGUUCAACAACGACGAGGUGCUCAACCACGCCAUUGAGUUUACCGGCUCGACGGAAACCAUGCGCAGCCUGCCUGUAGAUGAUCGCCUGGCAAUCGCGAACAUGACGACCGAGUGGGGUGCUCUUUCGGGAUUGUUCCCGAUCGAUGACGUUCUCAAAGGCUGGCUCCGGUUCAAAGCCACCGAAGCGAGCAUGUACAAGGCGCCAUCUGCCACAUCGAGUUUAACCACCGAACGCUUCAAUCACCAGAGACUUGAUGAGAUGUUCGCGGAUCCGUUGACUGCUGAUAAAGGUGCUUCGUAUGCCAAGGAGCUAUAUCUGGACCUUUCAACUCUGUCGCCCUAUGUCUCAGGUCCGAACUCGGUCAAAGUCGCGACUCCUCUCGCGGAGCUGGAAGCGCAAAACAUCGGAGUCAGCAAGGCCUACCUCGUAUCUUGCACGAACUCUCGAAGGAGUGAUAUCGCAGCUGCUGCGAAGGUUUUUAAAACUGCAGCAGGAGCAGACGGCCAAAUCCCUAAGAUUGCAGAAGGUGUCAAGUUCUAUAUCGCUGCCGCGUCAAUCCCAGAGCAGCAAGCCGCUGAAGAACAGGGCGACUGGCAAGUUCUCCUGGAAGCAGGUGCGCAGCCGCUGCCUGCCGGCUGUGGACCCUGCAUUGGUUUGGGAACAGGACUACUGGAGCCCGGCGAGGUCGGAAUCUCUGCGAGCAACCGUAACUUCAAGGGUCGAAUGGGCAGUACCGCAGCAAAGGCAUACCUCGCAAGCCCUGAGGUUGUGGCAGCAAGCGCCUUGAAGGGUGUGAUUGCGGGUCCAGGCUGGUACCAGAAGCCAGAGGACUGGACUGGCGUCAAGCGCGGUCAAGGUGAUGGCAUCCAAGAGGAAGACCGUAUGAUCAGUAUUGAAGACGCGCUCGACAAGCUCGUCCGCCAAGCAGAAGCUGCAGUCAAGGCUGGCGAAGAGAAGUUAAGCGGGCUCGUCUCAUCCUCAAGCACGUCAAAGGAUGAGGGCAGCGACAGCCUCACAGAGAUUCUCCCUGGCUUCCCCGAAAAGGUUACCGGAGAGAUCGUAUGGUGUAACGCCGACAACGUGAACACGGAUGCUAUCUAUCCUGGCAAAUACACAUAUGACGACGCAUUCAGCGCAGACCCGGCGAAGAUGGCCACGGUCACGAUGGAGAACUAUGAUCCCGAAUUCGCGAAGAUCGCCAAGGCUGGCGACAUUCUGGUCUCCGGAUUCAACUUUGGUUGUGGAUCAUCCCGUGAACAGGCCGCGACAGCGAUCCUUGCCAAGGGCAUUCAAUUGGUCGUCUCGGGCAGCUUUGGUAACAUCUUCAGCCGCAAUUCCAUCAACAACGCUCUGAUGGGCGUUGAGGUACCGAAAUUGAUCGAGCGAUUGCGAUCCGCGUUCGGUGAGCAAGGUGUCCCUGCGGCGAGCCCGGCCGGUACACAGCCCAUCUCAGAACCCAAGCAGAACCGCCAGAGCCUUGACUCUCCACCUCCCGCGCCAGAAGCCAAGCCUGCGGAGGCUCCCCUGACAAUUCGGACAGGCUGGACUUUCACCUGGGAUGUCCGACGAAGUCAGGUUAUCGUUCAAGAGGGCAAGGACGGUCAAUCGUGGACACAGAAGGUUGGAGAGCUUCCACCUAACGUUCAAGAGAUUGUUGCUCGCGGUGGUCUCGAGAAGUGGGUUCAAAAGGAGAUCGCUGCAGGAAGCAGGAUCAACUAGACAGCUGCAGGAUUUCAUGAUACCCAUGUAGCAUAGUGUACAUAUAUGAUGUAGAUGUGGUGGACAAGGCAGUGCGAGAGGUCGUUUUGGUUCAUGUUAUAGGUCGUUUAAAAAGCACGACAUGGCUCGUGUGUUUUAUAAUUUGACAAAUUGUCGCAAAAGUUGAAGUCUAG